GGGUGCCUGGGCUGGGGGUUUGGAGGCCCUGACCUCUGGCCCUCAUCAGCCUCUGUCCACCCCAGGGCUUGCAAGGCCAGGCAGACAGGGGGCUGCUGGCGUCACUGGUGCUUUCCCACAGCCCCUUCCAGCUGCUCUGCUCUGCCUCUGAGACCUGGCUCCCUUUCACCCACCUAGCUCAGCUCCACAGUGGGAUUUAUUGCUGGCUACCCCUGUCUGCCCCAGGGCAAUAAAUCAGGGCAGAGCAGAAAGGCAACCAUGCCCUGUGUGGUGUAUAAGAGAAGGACUCAGGGCCGAAGGCCUCAGUGGAUCUGGAGGGAACUCCAAGCAGGGCGGAACAGAAUGCUGCGCUGGGGAUUCCUGCUACUGCUCUGGGGGUCCUACACCUUCGGGCUCCCCACAGACACAGCUGCCUUCAGACGGAUCUUCCUCAAGAAAAUGCCCUCGGUCCGGGACAGCCUGAAGGAGUGGGGAGUGGACAUGGGCAGGCUUGGUGCCAAGUGGGGAGAGUUUGCCAAGAGGCUGUCUGACAACAGCACCUCCCCUGUGGUCCUCACCAACUACCUGAAUACCCAGUACUACGGUGAGAUCGGCAUCGGCACCCCACCCCAAGCCUUCAAAGUCAUCUUUGACACAGGUUCAGCCAAUCUCUGGGUGCCCUCCACCAAGUGCAGCCCUCUCUACACCGCCUGUGAGAUCCACAGUCUCUACGACUCUGCAGAGUCCUCCAGCUACAUAGAGAACGGGACGGAAUUCAGCAUCCGCUAUGGCUCGGGGAAGGUCAAAGGCUUCCUAAGCCAAGACGUGGUAACUGUGGGCGGAAUCACAGUGACCCAGACAUUCGGAGAGGUCACGGAACUGCCCCUGAUCCCCUUCAUGCUGGCCAAGUUUGAUGGGGUUCUGGGCAUGGGCUUCCCAGCACAGGCUGUCGGUGGCAUUACCCCCGUCUUUGACCACAUCCUUUCCCAGAGGGUGCUGAAAGAGGACGUCUUCUCGGUCUACUACAGCAGAAAAUCCAAGGAUUCCCACCUGCUGGGGGGAGAGCUCCUGUUGGGGGGCAGCGACCCCCAACAUUACCAGGGGAAUUUCCACUACGUGAGCAUCAGCAAGAGCGGCUCCUGGCAGAUCACCAUGAAGGGGGUGUCCGUGGGCUUUGCCACAUUGCUGUGUGAGGAGGGCUGCAUGGCAGUGGUGGACACGGGUGCCUCCUACAUCUCGGGUCCCACCAGCUCCCUGAGGCUGAUCAUGGAGGCCCUGGGUGCCAAGGAGCACAGCACAGAUGAAUAUGUCGUGAACUGUAACCGGGUCCCCACACUGCCCGACAUCUCCUUCCACCUGGGGGACAGAGCCUACACGCUCACCAGUGCCGACUACGUGUUACAGGACCCCUACAGAAAUGAUGACCUGUGCACGCUGGCCCUCCACGGCCUGGACAUCCCACCGCCCACCGGGCCCCUCUGGGCCCUGGGCGCCAGCUUCAUCCGGAAGUUCUACACAGAAUUUGAUCGGCAUAACAAUCGCAUCGGCUUUGCCUUGGCCCGCUGAACCUUCUGCCACUGGCACCAGCGUGAGCCCAGAACUGGAGCUCUCUCUGGGGUCCCUUCUGCCCGGAUGCAUGCCCUUGUGCAGGGACUCUGAACAUGGAAUCCCUGCCCCCUGCACCAGCCCUUCCUCACUUUGAGGACAAAGAGAAUAAAGACGUCACCUUUACAA